GGUCGCAUGCAGUUUGUGAUCACCAUGGAAACGUCACACAUCAGACCGAGGUCACGCUGUGUCACGUGACUGGACGGGAAACGCAGCGAUGGGGACAAGCUAAGGAAGUAGUCUCCUCUCUACCCAGAGUGCUUGUGGAAUGGCAGCAGUUUGGCAGCAGGUUUUGGCAGUGGACGCAAGGUACAAUGCUUACCGCACGCCUACGUUCCCACAGUUCCGAACUCAAUACAUCCGUCGACGCAGCCAGCUACUUAGGGAGAACGCCAAGUGUGGCUUUGAGCCAGGGCUGCGCAGGCAAUACCUGAGGUUGCGCAGUCAGCUGCUAGCCCUGCGUUACGGGCCCCUGUCUGAGCAGAGCAGCUUCAGGGCCAGCAGUGUGCGCAGCUCCCGCACCACACUGGACCGCAUGGAGGAUUUUGAGGAGGAUCCUCGCACCCAAGGAGCUCGUGGUCACCGCCGGUCUGUCAGUAGAGGAUCUUAUCAGCUACAGGCCCAGAUGAAUAGAGCCGUGUAUGACGAGAGGCCUCCCGGCAGUUUGGUGCCCACUUCAGUGGCAGAGGCCAGUCGUGCCAUGGCUGGAGACACAACUUUGAGUGAAAAUUAUGCUUUUGCUGGCAUGCACCACAUAUUCGAUCAACAUGUAGACUGUGCUGUUCCACGUCUGCAGUUUGCCAAUGAUGACAAACAUCUUCUCGCUUGCUGUUCAUUGGAUGGCACGCUGUCCAUCAUGACGCUGUCUCCAUCUCCUGCCAGUGUGAAGGUGACCCUGAAAGGUCAUGGAGGCCCUGUCACAGACUUUGCUUGGUCCCUCAGUAAUGACAUCAUUGUGUCGACAUCACUUGAUGGGACUCUGAGGAUCUGGAACACAGAGGAUGGGCGGUGCAUCCGAGAAAUCAGAGACCCAGAGUCCAGCGAGUUGCUCUGCUGCACCUUCCAGCCCAUGAAUAAUAACCUGACUGUGGUGGGAAACGGCAAGCACCACCUGCAGGUGGUGAACAUCUCCACAGGGAAGAAGGUGAAGGGCGGCUCCAGUAAACUGACAGGCCGCGUGCUUUCUUUGUCGUUUGAUGCUCCGGGGAGGAUCCUUUGGGCUGGUGAUGACAGGGGGAGCAUUUUCUCCUUCCUCUUUGACAUGGCCACAGGAAAGCUAACCAAAGCCAAGCGCCUGGUGGUGAGUGAAGGCAGCUCCAUCUGCAGCAUAUCUGCUCGCUCCUGGAUUAGCCGUGAGGCCAGGGACCCCUCCCUGUUGGUCAAUGCCUGUGUUAAUAAAUUACUGCUGUACAGGGUGGUGGACAGUGAAGGCACACUACAGCUGAAGAGAAGCUUCCCAAUCCAGCACGGUUCCCAGCUCGUUCAUAGUAUCUUCUGCCCUCUAAUGUCAUUCAGGCAGGGAGCCUGUGUCGUAACUGGCAGCGAGGACGCCUGUGUCUACUUCUUCGAUGUGGAACGCAACACCAAGGCCAUCGUGAACAAAUUACAGGGCCACGGGGGACCAGUGCUGGACGUGAGCUUCAACUGCGACGAGAGUUUACUGGCAUCUGCCGAUUCCACUGGCAUGGUCAUUAUCUGGAGGCGGGAGCAAAAGUGACUGAUCCAGGGGAGAAAAGGAAAGGACUAAAAUUUCUUAACCAUCUCGUGAUAAGUCUGUAGGUUUUCAUUUGAAUGUAACAGGCUGGUGUAAAGGUUUACGUGCAAUCAGGUAGAACACUGUUGUGUAAGGAGGUGGUGAUUUCUUAAAACUGCCAGUUUGGGGGGUGAGUCCUCAGUACUCAUACAGCUUUUCAUUACACAAAGAUAUUGGCACUACUCCCAUGCAUGUGGCGUGGAUGAUCUGACUCGUGGAGACAUCUCUGACAUGUAAAGAAAGUACAUUGUGACCUUCCAGAGAAAACAGUUCCAACACUUAGAACAUUGACAGUCUCUCUGGCACCUACUUCACUAUUUAUGUAACUGUUACUCAAGAUGUGUAAUCAAGUGUAGUAAACCACCUUGUCCACGUUCACUUCUGCAGUUGCCUGUUUGCCUUUUAGACAUUUUCUCUUCAUUUUUGGUAUGUUUUAAUGUGCAUGAUGAAUCAAUUGUAAGACAUAUCACAUGAUCAGUAAAAAAAAAAUGUUUUUAAGGACGUGUUUGUACUUAUCUGUUUGUGUUUAUUCAAUUCAUGCUGGUUGCAGAUUCCUAUAAUUUAUUUAAUGCACAUGAUAAAUAAACUGCUCAAACUGUUA